GUGAUUUUCUCCAUACUUCGCUGUUUUCUGCGCUACCCAUAUCCACUGAAUUUCUGUAUGCUGUGAAACACACAAAUCGGAAAAGUUUUGUAUAUUUUGCUUAUCGACAAAUAAAUAAAAAUGAGUGAAUUUUGGCUGAUCUCAGCCCCCGGUGAGCCAAAUGCAAGCCAGACAUUUGAGCGUCUGUGCCAGGCAACAACAAAUCUAUCACAAAACAACAAGUUCAACAUUCCAGACCUAAAGGUUGGAACACUCGAUGUCCUUGUUGGGCUCUCAGACGAUCUUGGAAAACUGGACAACUAUGUCGAAAGUAUGGCACAUAAGAUUGCGCAUUAUCUUGGUGAAGUACUUGAAAACCAGAAAGAUAAACUUGCUGAAAAUCUUACAGCCAAUGGCGUUGAGUUGCCAUCGUACAUCCAGCGGUUCCAGUGGGAUAUGGCCAAGUACCCCAUCAAACAACCACUGAAGAACAUUACUGAAAUUAUAAGCAAGCAAGUGAGUGCAAUAGAUGCUGAUUUAAAGACUAAGUCAAGCGCAUACAACAGUCUCAAGGGUAACUUGCAGUCCUUAGAGAGAAAAUCAGUAGGGAGUCUAUUAACCAGAAAUCUAGGAGACCUUGUGAAGAAAGAGGACUUCAUAACAAAUUCAGAAUAUCUGACAACAAUACUAGUUGUAGUUCAAAAUGCUGCAGUCAACGAUUGGAAUUCUAAAUAUGAAGGCCUAGCUGAUAUGGUAGUUCCAAGGUCAUCCAAAAAAAUAUAUGAAGAUAAUGAACAUUCGCUAUUCACAGUAACACUGUUCAAGAAAGUUGUCGAGGAGUACAAACUACAUGCCAGAGAAAACAGGUACGUUGAUUGAUGAUAGAGGUAAAGGU